AUCAAGCUUCUGCUGAUCGGCGACUCGGGCGUAGGCAAGUCCUGCUGCCUGUUGCGCUUCAGCGAAGACUCCUUCACGCCGUCUUUUAUCACGACCAUCGGUAUUGAUUUCAAGAUCCGCACCAUCGAGUUGGACGGCAAGCGUGUCAAGCUUCAGAUUUGGGAUACCGCCGGCCAAGAGCGCUUCCGCACAAUCACCACCGCCUACUACCGUGGCGCCAUGGGCAUUCUCCUCGUCUACGAUGUCACCGACGAGCGCUCCUUCAACAACAUCCGCACCUGGUUCGCCAACGUCGAGCAACAUGCCACCGAGGGCGUCAACAAGAUUCUCAUUGGCAACAAGUGCGAUUGGGAAGAGAAGCGUGUCGUCUCAACCGAGCGCGGUCAGCAGCUCGCCGACGAGCUCGGCAUCCCCUUCCUCGAGGUCUCGGCCAAGAGCAACAUCAACAUCGACAAGGCCUUUUACUCCCUCGCCGCCGAUAUCAAGAAGCGCCUUAUCGACAACCAGAAGAACGAGCAACCCGCCGCCUCGGGCGUCAACGUUGGCGAGUCAAGUGGAGCCGGCGGAAAGUGCUGCUAA